AUGGCUUCGCCACCAGACUCUGCAUCUCUUGGUUCCUGUUCCCGCUCCAGUUCCGUCCGAAUCAACCGAAAGACAAGUUGCGCCACUUCGAAUCCCCCGUCGCCCGGAUCACAACACGAGUCGGCCACGUCUGAGGAUGUUUUCGAAGAUGUCGACCUUUCAUCUGGACUUGACGGUCUGCACAUUGACGGUGUCGAAGUCUGGGACACUUUAAGCAACAUGGCUGCUUUUGGACUAGAGCCCAACAACAGCAACUCCUACGACUCCUACGACAAUCUUGUCCCGUUCCCCCAGAUCUCAUUAGAUGAUAGCGACGACGCUCUUGAGCUUUCGGACUCGGACAUGUCGCCCAAGCAAGGGCCCUUUCACAAAUGGAUGAGAAACCUGCAUCGACGCGCCAAACAGCGGCCCCGGCCCAUGAACGCAGACGGCACUCUGCCCUGGAAACUUCUUGAUUCCGCUGAUAGGUCAGCUCUUUCUCGGAGGACUCGCCACAGGAGAUCAUCAUCGGGCUCAUCGUUUGGCUUCGUCGCGGCGGUGAAAAGUGCUAGUGUCAGUCUUGCUAGCGGCAGUGCUAUAAACCGUCCUCGAGGCAACAGCCGUCACUCUCUAGCACCCUCCAGGACCGAACGCAGCAGCAGAGCUUCUUUUACAGCAGCAAGAUUCUCGGAAGACAGCUGCCACGUCGAAUGGCCGGCAGAGGUUGAUCCGUUAGCGACCGAGCGAGCCUUACAGCGCCGCCGUAUUUUGGAGGAGCUCAUCAGCACGGAGGAAAGCUACAUUGGAGACGUUCGUUUUCUGAUGAAUGUUUACAUUACGAUUCUUGCUUCUUUGCCUACUCUACCAAUGGGACUUAGGUCCUCCAUUAACCGCAAUCUCACUGACAUCGUCGAACUUCACGAAGAGCUGUUGGGCGAGCUGCAUCGAGUUGUGCCGGAUUCGGAGUACACCCAAAUCGAAAUCCCACCAUCACCAAGCAGACCAACCGGUCGAAGGCAUCAACGACUGAGGAGUCUCGACUCGGUGCCAGAAGACGACGGCAGAGCCAUAAGCUGGUUGCAGGAAGUACCCGGAAUGGUUUCGGAGGCUCAGAUCGCCGGCGAUGUGGCCAAGGUUUUCAGCAGGAAGAUGAACCGUUUCUUCAUUUACGAGGAAUAUGGGGCAAAGUACGAGAUGAUGAUUAAGGAUGUGGCUUCGGCUCAUCGAACCAUGCCGCAGUGGGAUACAUAUCAAAGAGGCAUUGAAGCACUGGCCUCAUCGUUGGGUCCCGCCAGUACACAUGCCGACCUGUCAAAGAAGUCGUUGACGAUCGGGGAUCUCCUUGUCAAGGUGAGCAGUAUUUCACUGCCAUUACCAACCAAGGUGCUUACGAGUCCUCAGCCAAUCCAGCGCAUCUGCAAAUACCCGCUCCUAUUUGCCGAAUUAUUGAAAUACACGCCUGUCAUGGACUGCCCAAACUCCCACAUGGAAGUUGAGAGCGCACUGCUUCGAUUGCGAGAGGCAACAGCUGAAAUCAACCGAGCAACGAACGACAGGCGGAUGAAGUCCACGCUGGAGAAGACAUGGAUUCUUCAGGACCGUCUGGUUUUUCCUGAGCAACUUGAUGCAGCUUCCAAGAACCGGAUCAGGUCGUUCGGCCAUGUCGACCUUUGUGGUGCGCUGCAUGUUUGCUGGCAGACCAAGGAGGGUGCCAAAGGGCAGUACAUGAUUUGUCUUCUCUACCACAACGUCCUGUGUUUGGCCUCAGCAAGCAAGGUCGACCAGAUUUACACUAUCCAAGCAUGUAUCAACAUGGGCGGCAUCAAGAUUGAAGAAACCGACAACGGCCGAGGACUUCAGUGCCACACGGCUCCGUUUUCGUGGAAGCUUGUGUUCGAAUGCGACUCUCAACUUUACGAACUCUUGAUGACAGCCUGCUCGCCCAGAGAGCAGGAGGAAUGGCGAAGCCGGUUAACGAAUGCCGCCAAGGGAGAACAGGAGCAAGUCGACCCUAGUCUGUACAGUUCAAUGUUUUUGAGCAUGAAGAGCCUCGGGACGAUGUUUAGAAAACCAGGCACUGUUGCUCGUCGGAUUUCGAUUCAUCGCGCCACGACAGUCGGCCCAAAGUCCCCUUUAUGCCAAGUCAUACUGAAAAACACGAGCGUUAUGCGCGACAAUUCGGAUGCUGCCUCCAAUUCAUCCAUCAACCGGUCGCAGUCGUUGCUUACGACAAACCCCCGAAUCCCGAUUAUCGCUCCGCCUCGAGGUGAAAGAGCUCGGCUAGAGGCUCUCAUGUCCGAUAUCUGGAGUCGAGACAUACUCCCGUUCCCUGGCAUGACUGGAAGGUCCCGCAGCGAGCACCUUGUUCGAAGCUCAGCGAGCACUAUGAUGCGAAAACUCAGUGUUGCGAGCAUCGCCAGUUCUUUUGCAAAACGAUCCAACAGCGUGGCCAGUCUUGGAAAACUCGUGGCCGAAGAUGAUACGGGUGACAAAGGAAGUACUCUUCAAGGACAUCCUUCCAAGCUCUGCAGAGCCGAGAGUUCCAACACGGAGCACGGCCCUGACGACGAGGUCGAAAACACAAAAGGUGCUCGAUUACCCAAAAUUGACGACGAUGUCGAGGUUACAAGCACGGUUAGCGCUCCGGCAACCCCGAUGUUGCUUCCGUCCGCGAUUUUUGUACACGCAGAUCCCGUCGAGCAGCUUUGGUCUGGACAUGACGGCCGAGCAUUCAGCAACGUGUUGCCAUCGAGACCGACGGUGCUGCGCACCGCGUCAGGGAAUAAUCUGCCUCGAAUUCGUCGAGACCCUAUCACACCGAAAAUGUCGCCUUGCCCAUCCGAGAGGGACGAAAAAGACCUCCAGAUUAAUGCAGCGAAAGCGCCUCGCCUUUCCCACAAGCCGUCGAUGCGCUGGGGCAGGGUUGGUACACUGAACAGAGACGACUUGGUGCAGGGCAUCCGAAGUUUCUUUCGAUGA